AUGGAGUAUCACGCUCUUGUUGCGAGACAGGCUGAGGGCUUACCCGUGAUGCCAGCGCGAUCACCAGAGUACAUGGCCGAGAAUCAAGCUGGACGCUUGAUGGCGGUGGAAGGUUCGUUGUUCGCGCUGUCGACGAGCGCUAUACUCUUGCGAUUCUAUGUGCGGCUCUUCAUGCUAAAGACAUUUGGCUGGGAUGAUGCUAUGAUGGCGAUUGCAUUGGUCAUUGACCUGGGACUUGGACUACAUGCCGAAGCCUUUCCACCCGAGAACGUAUUAUCCUUCUUCAAAGUCAUGUACUUCUACUCGAUCUUCAUCAUCGCUGCAUACAGCUUCAUCAAGCUUUCAAUCGGAUUCUUCUUGUUACGGCUCGCGGACCGAACAAAGUGGCGUCCAUUUCUCAUUGCCAUGUUGAUCAACAUCGCCACUGAUCUGCUGUUCGCCCUCAUCCCCAUCCCGAUGGUGUGGAAGCUACAAGUUACGAUCCAAACGCGCAUAGGUCUGGCAGUCAUCUUAAGCUUGGGUCUCUUCGCCUCUGCAGUAGCCAUCUACAAGACGCCAAUGCAAUACAACUUCUUCAAGAUAACCGACUGGUCCGGCGAUGGAGCAUGGUACUACAUCUGGCAACAAGUCGAGAUGCACGUAGGCAUCAUCGCAGCCUGCCUUCCAACCAUGAAACCCCUCUUCGCAAACUUCUUCGGCCAAAUGCGUUCUCUCGCUACUAAAGGUCGCACCACUGGCAACAGCACACCUUUCCGCUCAAACGGGUACAUGAGGCAUAAUGACAUGCGUCCUGGUGACUCUUUUGCUAUGCGAAACAUGUCUGGAGGCGCAAGGGAUCCGUACUCCGAGGAUACCGUGCUGGGCAAGGACACGUAUACCUGCGAGGCUUCACGAGGAAGAGCCUUGAGUAGGCCCAAGAGUCUCGCGGGCGAGAGUGACGAUAGUAUCUUGGAGCAUGAGGUCAAUACCGGAGAGAGGCGCAGUGUGCUUCCUAGGGGUAUGACUAUCGUGAGGACUACUGAGGUCAACAUUUCCAGAUAG